GUCCAUUUUCACACCCCGCGGUUGUUCCUGCUAUGCCCGGCUCGUGAACUCCCUACUAGCAUCUUGUCGUCAAAAUUCACAAUCAUAGGCGAUCGGAUAAGGUACAUCGUCCGGCCAGUCGAUAGCGAUGGCCACGGCAGUAUCAGUGGCGGCCGAAUGGCAGCUCCUCUACAAUCGCUAUUACAGGAAACCGGAGCUCUAUCAGAUGCAAUGGAAGAACGUGGACCUAAUGCAAAACAAGGUUGCUUGUUCCCCCUUCGGCGGCCCCAUUGCCGUUAUCCGCGACGACGACAAGAUCGUCCAGCUCUACGCAGAGUCCGCCAUCCGCAAGCUCCGCAUAUUCAACUCCGCCGGUGUCUCCAUCGCUGAAACCGUCUGGAAGAACCCUGGCGGCCGCCUCAUCGGCAUGUCCUGGACAGACGACCAGACGCUGAUCUGCAUUACUCAGGAUGGUACUAUCUACCGAUACGAUAUCCACGCACAGCCUCUAGAACCGCUGUCCCUUGGCACUGACUGCUUCACGCACAGUGUGGAAGACUGUGUGUUCUGGAGUAACGGCGUAGUUUGCAUCAAUAAGGCGUUUCAGGUCUUCUGCGUGCCCGAUUUCAAGAAUCCAUGCCCUAUCAAGCUGGCAGAUCCCGGUUUGGAGGUUCUUCCACUCUCUAUGGCGGUGAUUGAGCCUCAGUAUACCAUGUCUGGAAAUGUGGAGCUGCUGAUGGCGGUAGGGGAUGGGGUGUUAUUGGUGGAAGAGGACGGGAUUCAGCAGAUGGGUGCUGGAAUUGGGCCAUUAGAGAAGAUGGUGGUUUCGCAGAACGGCAAGCUGCUUGCAUCUUUUACACGUGAUGGGAGGGUUCUUGUCAUGUCCACGGACUUCUCCAACAUUAAGCCCGUUUACACUUGUGAGUCAGUCCUACCUCCUGAUCAGUUGUGUUGGUGUGGAAUGGAUACUAUAUUGCUUUACUGGGAUGAUAUGCUUUUAAUGGUGGGUCCUUAUGGCGAUCCAGUACACUACAUCUAUGAUGAACAAGUUCGACUGAUCCCAGAGUGUGAUGGGGUUAGAAUACUAUCGGGCACAAGUAUGGAGUUUCUGCACAGGGUGCCGGAUUCCACUGUCUCUAUCUUUCAAAUUGGGAGCACAAUGCCUGCUGCUUUACUCUAUGAUGCACUGGAUCAUUUUGACAGGAGGAGUGCCAAGGCAGAUGAGAAUUUGAGGUUAAUCCGCUCUUCGUUGCCUGAAGCUGUUGAAGCAUGCAUUGAUGCAGCAGGAAAUGAAUUUGAUAUUUUGCAGCAGCGUACCUUGUUAAGAGCUGCUAGCUAUGGUCAGGCAUUUUGCAGCCAUUUUCAGCGUGACCAAAUUCAAGAGACGUGUAAAACCUUACGAGUUUUAAAUGCUGUACGGCACCCAGAUAUUGGUAUUCCUCUUAGUGUUCAGCAAUACAAGAUGCUUACACCCUCAGUUCUAAUUGCUCGUCUAAUUAAUGCUCACCAUCACCUUCUUGCACUGCGAAUAUCAGAGUAUCUUGGUAUGAAUAAGGAAGUUGUAAUUAUGCACUGGGCGUGUACGAAGAUCGCAACAUCUUCUUCAAUCCCUGAUGAUAAUCUUCUAGAAAUCCUACUUGAUAAGCUUAAGUUAUGCAAAGGCAUAUCUUAUGCUGCAGUUGCUGCACAUGCUGAUAAGAGUAGUCGACGGAAACUAGCUGCUCUGCUUGUUGAACACGAACCACGCUCAUCUAAACAGGUUCCUCUGUUGUUGAGUAUAGGAGAGGAAGACACUGCUCUCAUAAAAGCAACUGAAAGUGGUGAUACAGAUCUUGUUUAUCUAGUCCUCCUCCAUAUUUGGCAAAAGAGACCAGCUUUGGAGUUCUUUAGUACUAUACAGUCCAGACCACUACCACGUGAUCUAUUUAUUAGUUAUGCACGGCUUUACAAGCAUGAAAUUUUAAAGGACUUCUUCCUAUCUACUGGACAACUACAGGAUGUAGCUUUUCUUUUAUGGAAAGAAUCAUGGAAAUUGGCAAAGAAUCCAAUGGCCAGCAAAGGAUCUCCGCUAUAUGGUCCUCGAAUAAAACUAAUUGAGAAGGCCAGUAACCUUUUUGCCGAUACAAAGGAAUACAUCUUUGAGUCCAAGGCAGCCGAGGAGCAUGCAAAAUUAUUAAGGAUACAACAUGAGUUGGAGGUGACAACUAAACAGGCCAUAUUUGUGGAUUCAAGUAUCAGUGACACAAUCCGUACAUGUAUUGUGUUGGGGAAUCAUCGUGCUGCGAUGAAAGUCAAAACCGAAUUCAAGGUAUCAGAAAAGAGGUGGUAUUGGCUGAAAGUUUUUGCUUUGGCAACUGUACGAGAUUGGGAUGCUUUGGAAAAGUUCUCAAAAGAGAAAAGGCCGCCAAUUGGCUACAAACCAUUUGUGGAGGCAUGCAUUGAAGCGGGUGAGAAGGGGGAAGCACUCAAGUACAUACCCAAACUGCCUGAUCCUCGGGAAAGAGCAGAGGCUUAUGCUCAAAUUGGAAUGGCAAAGGAGGCUGCAGAUGCUGCAUCUCAGGCUAAAGACGGGGAACUGCUUGGCCGGCUGAAGAUGACAUUUUCACAAAAUGCUGCUGCUGCUGCCAUUUUUGACUCGCUUCGAGACCGAUUGUCCUUCCAAGGCAUAUCAUAAUAUAGUGUCCUUUUUUAUUUUAAUGUGUCAGCAGCUCUUUGUGUGUGUUUCCUUUAUUUGGACCGUAAUUGAGAUCAGCCAGUCACUUGGAGCCUGGUGAGGUUUUGCACAUUUGCAGGUUCUGCCAUUGCAAGUGACGAAGCUUUUUAUUACAUUUGCUAUCUGAUGUGCGGAGUCUGAGGUGAGUCUCUCAUUACUGUUUGUGUGCGUGGCACCGUUGUUUGAGUUUAUCUUUUGUCACCCCAUUUUGCCUUUCUAGUUAGGAAGUUGUAUGUGUGAAUUAUAGAGAGAAUUCCAGUUUGUUUUUAUCCAAUUUGUGUAUAGUACAAUGGCAUGAAUAGACCAAGGCCUUAUUAUAUUCAUCUUUUAUUUCCAGUUAUUCGGCCCUCCCUAUUCUAGACAUCAGUCUCAAGACUCCUGUUGCAAGAUUCUAGUUUAAAAUCAAGGUGAAAAGAGCCAAAAUAAGAAAUGAUUAUUUGGUUU